GCAUCUCAAACAUAUAAUAAGAAUAAGUUUUCUAUAAAAAUAGUAUUGGUAUAUAAAAAAGCAUUACAUCGAACUUAGUCGUCGUGGCUUCAUGUGCGUGAUGUGUUCUACCCUCAAUGUUUUGGUGUACCUCCUGGUCAUAUCCCAUUUUGUCGUAGAGAUCGCUUGUCGAGUGGAGUUCACGAACGUAAAGUGCAGUUCUGUGGACAAGGAGUUCUCCGAUUUUGAAUAUUGUUAUCUGAAAUCUGUGAACCGGAGCUACAAAUAUCUAUCGCUGAAAGUCAAUCUGUUUCAGGUUCCUAUUACCAAUGUCUCGACGAAAAUAGGACUGUACAAGCGAUUCAGUGGAUAUAAACCAUUCCUUUACAAUUUAACUGUGGAUGCCUGCAAAUUUCUUAAACAUCAAAAAUCCUUCCCCAUUGUAUCAUAUUUUUAUGAGUUAAUCAAAGAUUUUUCAAAUAUGAAUCAUUCAUGUCCCUACGAUCAUGAUCUACUAUUGGAUAAGCUUACCAUCGAGCAUGUCAAUAACCGAUUCUCGAAAACUCUGGACUUUCCCGCGGGCGAUUACUUGAUCCACUUGCACUUUCUGGCCUACGGCAUCAACCGUGCGGUGAAUGACAACGGUGACAAUGGCAAGAGGAUAAUUGUUUUACGGUUUUAGCAAAAUGGUAUUAAAGCUAUGUAGUUCCUAAUGCAAAGCUGAUAUUCAAUAGUAGUUAUAAAUUUAAAUGUUAGCUAAAUAAAACAAUGUGAGGAAAUAUUUUAUGGCAACUUGGAAUACACUAAAAUUCAUAUUUUUGUCGUCUGUAUCGAUGUCAUAAAAAAUUCUUCAAUAUAAUUCAAUGCUUUUCAUUAGUCCUUCAAGCAAAAAUAUUGAGGAUCCUACUAUUUUCUUUUAUAUUCUAUUUUUAUAACCGAUACUCAAAAUGAUUACAGGUGUAUAUUCGAUUUUUUCGGAAAAUGCAUGUGUGUAACGCCUAGGAGGAAGCGUUUCCGAACUCAUAAAGUCUAUAUAUUCUUGAUCAGUAUCAAUAGCCGAGUCGAUUGAGCCAUGUCUGUCUGUCCGUCCGUCCGUCAAGGCCACAUUUGUGCCAGGUCAACCUGUCAGGUUUUUUUUUUUUACUUCAAAAAAGCAAUAUGGGUGUAAACUUAUUUGAAAAAUGCAUCAGGUUCACUUAAAACUUUGCAUAUGAUUUUGGUUUUGUUUUUCAGGAUCCGAAAAACAAAAAUUUUUGGCUAUGGCUAACUGGACAUCUAACUCACCGAUCAUGUUUCGCACCGUGAAAUGAAUAUUCUUCU